AUGGAUGCGGGUAUAGAGAAGGAAUGCAGCGCCUUGGGAGGUCUCUUCCAGCUCAUCAUGAACGACAUGAAGGCUAGUUAUCCCACGUGGGAGGACUUUAUCACCAAGGGAGUCAAACUUCAGUCGCAACUCAGGACCACCAUCUUGGUGACGGGCGCCUUCCUGGAUGCCUUUCAGAAGGUAGCGGACAUGGCGAUGGGCUCCAGAGGUGCUACCAAGGAGAUCGGCUCAGCGUUAACCCGUAUGUGUAUGCGACACCGUAGCAUCGAGUCCAAACUCAAACUUUUCACCACAGCAAUCUCGGAAAGUCUCAUCACACCGUUAGAGGUGAAGAUGGAGGAGUGGAGGAAAGCGGCGAGUCAGCUAGACAAAGAUCAUGCCAAAGAGUACAAAAAGGCGCGGGCCGACAUCAAGAAGAAAUCAUCUGAUACUGUCAAAUUGCAGAAGAAGGUGAAGAAAGGAAAAGACCAAGCGCGCGGACAAUUGGACAGUGCGCUGCAAGAUGUCAACGAGCGCUACGCUGUCCUGGAGGAGACGGAGAAGCGGGCCGUGUGCCGGGCACUCAUAGAGGAGAGGGCGCGCUACUGCACCUUUGUUACAAUGCUGAAGCCAGUGCUGGACCAUGAAAUCAACAUGCUGGGCGAGGUCACCCACCUGCAAACCAUCCUGGAAGAUCUCACCACGCUGACGGCCGAGCCGAAUAAACUGCCACCGGCUAGCGAGCAGGUUAUUUUAGACCUAAAAGGUUCCGACUUUAGCUAUACCUAUCAGACGCCUCCGGCCUCUCCCAGCAACACGCUGUCCAGGAAGAGCAGUAUCAGCAGUUACCAGUCCGGAUCAGUGCGGCACGUGCCAUCCUUGGACUCCAUCAGCUGUGCUGUGGAUGGAGUGCACAUCCAGCAGCGCUCCUCCCGGUAUCUCCUCAUCGGCUGCGAUGAAAGCGGCCGCUCGCUCAGCGAAGGCAGCUCCCCCUGUCGCCCGAGCGGCCGGCCGGGCUGCCGCGGUCGCUACGGUUACACCGCUGGCCACGGUCAGCGCCCGGCGUUGGGCCGCCGCGUCAGCCGCCGGGAUUUGACCACCGAUACCAUGGGCUCCACCAAUCAGCUGGCUUCUACCGGCACAAGCGGCGAGAACGGCCUCCUGGCGCCGCCACACAACGCCUACACGCAGCACGGCGAGAGGGCCCGCGCCAUGUCAGCGUCCAGCAAAUCGUGUUCCGCUCGCGAUCAGUUGGCCCUGACUUUAGGGGCGCUGACGUCAGACGCGCCGCGCAGCAGCCGUGACUCGCUGCACUGCUCCAGCGGAUACAGCACGCAGACUACCACGCCGUCCUGCUCCGAGGACACCAUCCACACACACGCUGUAAGAAGAGAGCCUCCCCUCUAUGUCGACUACGAGUCCAUUUCCCUCCACGGGGAGGGUGACUCGGUCUCCCUGCACCACCUGUCGCACGGCGCCAGCGGCACCGGCCAGUCGGAAUUCGACAAGUCCUCCACCAUCCCGAGGAACUCUGAUCUGGGCUAUCAGUAUCGCAAGUUCGCCCAGUCCAAGCGACCCGCCUCCACCGUCAGCCUGCUGGCCGACUCGGACCUGGCGGGCGCCUCACACACUGCCACCAUCAGACGCAAGCCCUCCACCAAGCCGGUGUACCGCAGGGGCACCAUCAGCGGGGGCGUGCCUAUCCCCAUCUCCACCCCGCAGGUCCCCACCACACCGGGGAGCGAUGAAAACGUCUUCAACGCACCUUCCGGUGGAGGCUUGUCUUACAACAAGCAUUAUACUUCCACGCAGAGCCUCAGUGCCCUGCCGCCUUCCUCCAACUCGUCGUCCUCUUACUCGCCGUACUACCAGCUGGUGCCCGGCCAGAUGCCCAUCCCGGUGCCCGUGCCCACCGUUCCGCCAAAAGCGGGCAUCGUUGCCAAGCAGCAGCCCAACCACCAGAUGCAGACUUCGCAGUUUAACCACGAGCCACAGAAACAAAACCGAAUUUACAACCAACCCCAGAACCAGAUCCAAAACCGAAUCCAACCCCACUUCCAAAACCAGCAGCUUAAACACAAUCUCAUCCACCAGCAGAGGGUCCAACAGAGGGCGUCCAAUGCCCAGCAGGAGAACUCCAUCCCGGGUUACGACCCCGACGAUCUCCCCCCACCGCCCUCCGACCAGGACCAGGAAGUGGCGACACAAGCUCGCGGGGAAAGGGACAUGCUGAACCUAAUCAGAGGCGUGAAGCUCAGACGGACCCUAACCAAUGAUCGCUCCGCCCCCUUCCUUCCCCCGCCAACCAAUCACAACUGA